UCCAUUGUUUUUGAAAAAGCGAAGUUUUUGGAGCGCGUUGGUACACGCCUAUAAAACCGAGGCAAAAAAUUGUUGCUCACGACGAAUUGGAAGAAGAAGAAAAUCUGGGUCUUCUUUGAAAGAAUCAACGGACAGACUCAAUUGAAAACUCACAGCUGGUUCAUGCUCUGAUGGAAAUCGCUUCAGCCAAAUGGUUAUCUGAAUUUGAAAUGGAAGAUCCAACUUUCAUCAAUCAGUACAACUCUCUGGAUUACUCUCUGGAUGGACUAAAUUUCCAGUCUUUUUCAUCAGAAAGCUAUUCCUCUUACCCUAAUUUCAAUACUCCCAAAUGUGCUCCACACCAACUCUUGAGCACUACACCCAUGGAAACUCCUCAUCAUCAGACGACCUCCAUUGAAAGACCAUCUAAACAGCUCAAGAGCAACAGUUGGAAUUCUUGCACCACCACUCAUGACCACCAAAUAAGCACCAAGGCUUCCUCAUCUUCUUCCUCCCACUUGAUUUCCUUCGAAAACAACUCCGCCGAAAAGGCAGUAAUGCCUCCAACUUCGGAGCAGUACUACGCCUCACACGGCCCCAUAAAGCCGAAGAAUGAGGUAGGAUCCGAUGGAAACAUGAGUGUGUUUCCAUCUUUGAUCUCUCGAACUUCCUAUGAAACACAAAAUCAUUCAAUGAAACACACGGAGGGAGUCAAAAGUUCCAGUACGAGUGCUGGCACUAUGAGUCGUCGGACGGCUAUACAUGCUCAGGAUCAUGUAUUAGCGGAGAGGAAGCGUAGAGAGAAGCUCAGUCAGCGUUUCAUUGCUCUCUCAGCUGUUGUUCCAGGCCUAAAGAAGAUGGACAAGGCUUCGGUCCUUGGAGAUGCAAUCAAGUAUGUAAAACAACUUCAAGAACGUGUGAACACACUGGAAGAACAGGCGGCGAAGAAGACGGUAGAAUCAGCUGUAUUUGUGAAGAGAUCUCUGGUUUCCGGUGAUGAUGAAUUGUCUUCGUCGGAUGAGAACUUCGAUAGCUGCUCCGAUCAGCCACUUCCCGAAAUCGAAGCGAGAGUUUCCGAUAAGGAUGUUCUGAUAAGGAUCCACUGCGAGAAACACAAAGGAUGUUUGUCUAACAUACUGAGUGAAGUAGAGAAGCUUCCUCUUACAAUUGUCAAUAGCAGUGUGUUACCCUUUGGCGGUUCUACUCUCGAUAUAACCAUAGUUGCUCAGAUGGAUGUCGAAUUUUCCAUGAACGUGAAGGAUAUCGUAAGAAAUCUAAGACAAGCUUUGCUCAAUUUCAUUUGACGCAAGUUCACACCUUCUGUGCUUUGGGAUAUUUUCUAUGUUGUAAAGCUCGUGAUGAUGACUAGGAAAUGAAAUCCAGUGACCGUUUAUCUUCAUCAGCAGUGUCUUUUUUUAUUUCUAUAGCUACGUAUCUAUGUUUUGGAAGGAAGAGAUAUAGACCUGUAAAAUCCCAGUAAUCAAGACCAAACAGCCAUUUUCAUGGCUUUUUAAUUUGCUCGCUGCGAAGUUAACUAUUCCAUUUUGCAGGUGGGUUUUUCCGUGUUAGUCUCUUUUUGCGUGGUCCAUUAGAUUGACUACGUUGAAUAUACUCACGUGUUAUAUUUGUAAACUUUUUUGAGGAAGGUGGGGUUUUUUGAGAGGUUUUGACUUUUCCACUACUUCUUUCUUUCCCUACCUUCUCUUAAUUUGGCUUUUUUCUUCAAAGUUGGACAUAGAACAGGCUAUUUCUCUUUGUUUCUUUCUUUCUUGUGUAAUAGGGUUUAUCCCCACUCUGGGUUUCUGUUCUUUCUAUGUGCAAUAGGGUUUAUCCCCACUCUGUAUUUGGGUUUCUGUGUAAACUUCUUUGUGAUUUAGUAUUUAACUAAUUAUCGUUAUUAUAUAUAUAUA